AUUGCUAUCUCUCUCUCCCUCCCCGAUUCCCAGAAAUUUGUCUUUUGAUUUUGCUUAUGCGUAGGGUUUCACUCUCUCCUCUGUCUCUUUUACUAGUUUCCCCGGAUGCCUCUCUACCAUGGUUCGAGAGAGUCCUAAGGGCACCGUACCACCCCCAUUCUUUCCUUCUUCCUCAAGCUCAACUGCCAAGUGUUUUGUGAUUUUGCGUUUCUUCUCGCUUUGUUCCCUUUUUUCCCCUCCUUUUCCUAUUUUCACUGGAAUCCUGUUGAAAAGGGAAAGCUCUUGGGUUCAACAUCCCAACCAAAGUAGCUUAUUUAUUUCUAUGUUGUUUCUCCAUUGAGCUUCGCUAAGAUUGUGAGGUUCGUAUAUUGCUGGCAAGGGCAUUUACUCUCAAUUCUUGAGACAUUAUCUGGUAUUGUGGGCGACAAGCUGCAGCAGGUGGUUUGUUGAAAGGCUGUGAGUAACAGUAGCCUGUGUUUUAGCUGAUGAAACUGGAAUUGCAUGCUUGAAAGCUAUUUGCCUAUUUCAUAGAUUCUUACUCAAAAGCGGAGGAGUUUCUGAGCGGAUUUGUGCAGAACAUCAUCAAUCAAUAACGAAGGUCAAACCUAUUGAAAAAAAAAAAGGACUUUCUGUCUGUGUUGUCCGUCUAAUUCUGCUACACCCAAGAAUUCUCUCGAGUUUCGAUCAAACACCCUUCAUUCUCCUCUGCUUUCUUUGUUCUUCAGUCUGUUCGCUCCAUAGGGCGUUUCAUUUUCAUCUUGAUUCAGAAUUCAGUGUUUUGGAAAGAUGGCCAUGGCCAUGGCUCCCCAUAGAGAAAGCAGCAGCGGGAGCAUCAGCAAGCACCUUGAUUCCGGCAAGUAUGUUCGAUACACGGCAGAGCAGAUUGAAGCGCUCGAACGGGUUUACGCUGAGUGCCCAAAGCCCAGCUCCUUGCGGAGGCAACAAUUGAUCCGAGAGUGCCCUAUUCUUGCCAACAUCGAACCCAAGCAGAUCAAGGUUUGGUUUCAAAAUCGCAGGUGUAGAGAGAAACAGAAAAAGGAGUCAGGGCGACUUCAGACUGUUAACAGGAAACUGUCUGCUAUGAACAAGUUGUUGAUGGAGGAAAAUGAGCGGUUGCAAAAGCAGGUUUCCCAACUAGUAUGCGAAAAUGGGUUUAUGACGCAGCAAUUGCAAAGCGCGUCAGCAGCAACUACUGAUGCAAGUUGUGAUUCGGUGGCCACCACACCUCAGCCCUCCUUGAGAGAUGCCAAUAACCCUGCUGGACUCAUAUCAAUUGCAGAGGAGACCUUGGCAGAGUUCCUUUCAAAGGCUACGGGAACUGCUGUUGAUUGGGUCCAGAUGCCUGGGAUGAAGCCUGGUCCGGAUUCGGUUGGGAUCUUUGCCAUUUCGCGAAGUUGCAGUGGAGUGGCGGCUCGAGCAUGUGGUCUUGUUAGUUUAGAACCUACAAAGAUUGCGGAGAUCCUAAAAGAUCGCCCAUCUUGGUUUCGGGACUGUCGGAGUCUAGAAGUUUUUACAAUGUUCCCUGCUGGCAAUGGUGGAACGAUUGAACUUGUGUACACACAGACAUAUGCUCCAACUACAUUGGCUCCUGCCCGGGAUUUCUGGACUCUGAGAUACACUACAAGUUUGGACAACGGAAGUCUUGUGGUUUGUGAGAGAUCACUGUCUGGUUCUGGUACUGGCCCUAACGCGGCAGCUGCUGCUCAGUUUGUUAGAGCUAAAAUGCUCCCAAGUGGCUACCUAAUUCGACCAUGUGAAGGUGGAGGAUCAAUCAUCCAUAUUGUGGAUCACUUAAAUCUUGAGGCAUGGAGUGUGCCAGAGGUACUGAGGCCCCUUUAUGAAUCACCAAAAAUGGUUGCUCAGAAAAGGACAAUUGCGGCGCUGCGCUAUGUCAGGCAAAUAGCUCAAGAAACAAGUGGCGAAGUUGUUUAUGGUUUAGGUAGGCAGCCUGCUGUUUUGCGAACUUUCAGCCAAAGGCUGAGCAGAGGCUUCAAUGACGCUGUCAAUGGAUUUAAUGAUGAUGGCUGGUCCAUAAUGAACUGUGAUGGUGCUGAUGAUGUCAUUAUUGCAGUCAACUCAACCAAGAAUCUGAGUGCCACUUCUAAUCCUGCAAGUUCCCUAACAUUCCUUGGAGGAGUUCUUUGUGCUAGAGCUUCCAUGUUGCUCCAGAAUGUCCCUCCAGCAGUUUUGGUUCGGUUUCUGAGGGAGCACCGCUCUGAGUGGGCUGAUUUUAAUGUUGAUGCCUACUCUGCUGCAUCACUUAAAGCAGGUUCCUUUGCCUAUCCUGGCAUGAGGUCAACUAGAUUCACGGGAACUCAAAUUAUCAUGCCUCUAGGCCAUACAAUUGAACAUGAAGAGAUGCUUGAAAUGGUUCGUCUGGAAAGCCAUUCUCUCGCUCAGGAAGAAGCUUUUGCUACUAGAGAUAUUCAUCUCUUACAGAUAUGUAGUGGGAUUGAUGAAAAUGCUGUUGGGGCAUGUUCUGAGCUUAUAUUUGCUUCAAUUGAUGAUAUGUUCCCUGAUGAUGCUCCAUUGUUGCCCUCGGGUUUCCGCAUCAUCCCAUUGGAUUCAAAAUCAGGUGAUAAGAAGGAUGCAGUAUCUGUAAAUCGGACCCUGGAGCUGACGUCUGGUCUUGAAGUGGGCCCAUCAACGAAUCAUGCUGCAGGAGAUGCAUUAUCAUGCCAUUAUACUCGGUCGGUGUUGACUAUUGCCUUUCAGUUUCCUUUUGAGAGCAGCUUGCAGGAAAAUGUUGCAGUCAUGGCACGGCAGUAUGUACGCAGCGUGAUUGCAUCUGUGCAGAGGGUUGCGUUGGCCAUAUCUCCAUCUGGUAUAAGCCCAACUGUGGGACCAAAACUUGGUCCUGGCUCUCCCGAAGCAAUUACUCUAUCUCAGUGGAUAUGCCGGAGUUAUAGUUUCUAUCUGGGAGCAGAAUUAUUGAGAUCGGAUGCUCUCGUAGGUGAUCAAUUGCUGAAACAUUUAUGGCAUCAUCAGGAUGCCAUUUUGUGUUGUUCAGUGAGGUCCGUGCCUGUGUUCAUCUUUGCAAACCAGGCAGGGCUUGACAUGCUGGAAACAACUCUAGUAGCUUUGCAAGACAUCACAUUGGAUAAAGUAUUUGACGACUCUGGACGCAAGGCAUUGUGUUCAGAAUUCGCCAAGUUGAUGCAGGAGGGUUCCGCUUGUCUGCCUGCCGGAAUUUGCAUGUCCAUGAUGGGACGGCAUGUUUCGUAUGAACAAGCUCUCGCGUGGAAAGUUAUCGCGGAAGAUAACAGUGUUCAUUGCUUAGCUUUCUCUUUCAUAAAUUGGUCAUUUAUCUGAACAACGAACGCCCUGUAUGACCCUAGAAUAUAUGAAUGAAGGGUUAAAACGGGAGAAGUUUGUGGAAGGGGAAAAAUGAAUCCAUGAGUUUUGUUCACAUGCUGCAGGGUGGGGUUUGCUUUUGAUUUUAUUUGAUUUAUUUUUCCGGUUCAGACCA